UACACAUCUACGCGUAUAAAUGCUACGAGUAGAUACGAUACGCUCGUCGUCGUCGGAUUAUACUCUUCUUUUACGAGUAAAAACCAUCGCGACGUAAACAGGCGUGCACGUUUCUUGUGAUCGUUCAUCUGGAUAUGUGUACGAAUUAACAACCCUUCUUAUCGUAGUAAAAAUGUGCCAUUAAUUCUGUGUUCAACCGUAAUUCUAAACCGUACUCUGUCGAUAACCGUGUGUUUUUAACUAUACUCUUACAACUUUGUCUUGUACCAUAUACGUAUUUUUUUUCUACUCGAGCCGAGAUUUAUACCGUAUUGCCUGUUUUACUCGUUCGUUCGCCUAGCACCACAUACUACAUAUACGUUCGCAAAACACAAGGAAUUCGGACUCAACUUCUUUGUUUUUGUAUUAUUCCAGGUGACCAAUAGGUAUCUAAAAUGGUCACAUGAUUUUGGACAACAGGUGCUCACGAAUGCAGAAUGGUAUUGCAGUCUGAUUCUCAAAUAAAACUUUUGGAAAGCAAUGGUGCUCUGAGUCUGAGUAUAGCGGCGGCGGCUGUGGUGUUGCUGGUAUUUUUGGUUUUAUUGUAUUUCAACAAACGAUGGUUUUCGAACAGCUCUAUCAAUUGUUACGAUGAACAUUUCACAUUGCCUCAUACAACUCGUCAGUGUUUGAACAAAUCUUCUUCGAACAAUGGAAAAUCAAAUUGGCAACAGACGCAGUUGACCAAGGAAAAUCAAUCGAUUCAUAUAAAUAUCCACUCGCAUAUAAAAAACGAACGAGAACUAGAAAACGCCUAUGAAAACACAUUACUGGUGAGGAACCGUGGCAGUACGAGCUCCUCCAGCGAAUCGACUACAGCCAGUACCUGCGAAGAUGAUGCGAACGUUGUCAGACAAAGAGAUAUCGCCAGAUAUGCGAGAGCUUUCUCAUUACCCGAGGAACAGAUGCCGUUGGCUGUGUCAAGGGAUAAUUUAGACGAUCAGUUCUCCGAUAUUCAUAGCGCAUUUAGCGAUUCGAUGAGUGGAAUUAUUGGAAAGUGUGGCCUAUUAGAAGUUUCAUUCGCGUAUGAUGCUCCUGUCAAGAAAAUGACCAUCCAUGUGCUCCAAGCCAGAGAUAUUCCAGCUACAGAUCGUGGAAGACCAUCGUAUACGCAGAUACAAAUCGUGUUGUUGCCUGGUAAAAAGCAGAAGCAGAAAAGUAAAGUUAGAAAUGGCGACAAUCCUCAGUACAUGGAAAGCUUCCUCUUUCAUCGCAUCACUCCAGAGGACGUGAACAAUAUGAGCGUUAGAUUUAGACUGUAUGGCUGUGAAAAAAUUCGACGACAACGAUUGAUCGGAGAAUGUAUAAUAAGCUUCGCCAACGUUAAUUUACAACUUCAGUCCAAUAUUUGGGUACCAUUGGAGCCGCGAGCGAAUAUGGCGAUUAACAUGAUGGCCUGUGAGGUGUUGAGUCUUUGCCAAAGCGAUAGUACCGGAUCUCUGCAAUCGAUGCAACAUGGUGGUGUUCCUGAAUUACUGGUUGGAUUGUCUUACAAUGGAAUCACAGGAAGAUUAUCAGUUGAAAUAAUUAAAGGAAGCAACUUUCGGCACGUGACAGCUACCAAAGCACCGGAUACUUACGUGAAACUUCGAUUAAUGAGCUGUACUGGACAAGAGAUUGCCAGAAGCAAGACUACUGUCAGACGAGCACAACCUAAUCCGCUGUUCAAAGAGAUGUUCAUGUAUCAAGUGGUACUUUAUCAACUAUGCGACGUCACCUUGUUUGUAAUGGUGUAUAAAAAAACCCUGAAGAAGAGGCAACGUCUCGGAUGGUUCAUGUUGGGUCAAACAAGUUCCGGAGAUGAAGAAAGAUCUCACUGGAAAGAAAUGGCACAAUGCAAUGGUGAUCAACUUUCGCGAUGGCAUGUUUUACUGUCUUAAAAGUUGAACUUUGAGAUGAAAUUCUCGCACAAAGACGAUCACUUUUUACUUUUUCGUGUUUUGUUUUGCACCUUACUUACCUAAUACUUAAUUGUAAUUUUUUUUAAUUCACCUUUUUUUUCUUUUUUUUCGUUUUUGACUCAUUAAAAAAAAAAAUUAAUCGCACCGUGUUUUAUCCACAUUUAUAAUAGGAAGAGAAGCGCGCGAUGCCCCUUUUUAAGAUUAUUUUUUCACGUUAUUUGUAUUUUACAAUUUUUUUUUUUUUUUUCAUUCGUCAAUUACAUGAAAAUGAUGCGUGAUUCGGUGUGUAACGGCAGAUGAGUAAUCUACGUCACAUUGAUUAAAUUUUUAACUGCCCAUAAUGAAAGUGUUUCAAAUUAUGUAAUUUACAAGUGUGAAUUUUUUUUCUUAAUAUUUUUUCAUUCUCGGCUUUAGUUGGAAGUAGAUGUUUUUUUACGUUCGUUGAACAAAUUUGUACACUUUACUCACAGGAUGGCUCUAUUCGACGGAGUGAUUCUUCACCUUACCCCCCUCACCCCUUUGAUUUUUGCACCUCGCGCCAUUGUACAAAUUUUCUCAAGUUUUAAAUACCUACGCGCACGUUAAAUUUGAUAGUGUUAUUUUGAUUCUCUCGUAUCUCAUUAUAUUUUAGCUAUGGUUAAAUUUAUUAUUAUAUUGUUCUUAUCGAAUAUAUAAAUAAUUACUUGUACGAUAGAUAAUAUGAUUAUUUUGUACAGAUAUUUUUUUUACUUUUUUACCAAGAUUUUUUUGUUGUCGAGGAGCCAAAAUCAUCAUCAUCGAGUCGUAUAACCGCUCGUGGUGGUAUCGCGUACAAAUCAACGCGUACCCUUAUGCCGAAUUGGGUAUUUGGGCUAACAUCCUUUAUGUUGGUGUUGCCUCUAUCGCGUUGAUGACAGGAGCCAAAAUAUUGGAAUCAAAUUUACCAAUAAGUUAUUUAAGGGAUGUGAGACCAAAAUUUAAAAAGCCUAUGUUUUUUUUCUUCUUCUUCUUCUUCUCAUUGCUAUAUUCUAAAGGGUAUGCUUUAUUGUUGUGUGAUUUGGUUUAUUUGCGAAUUGAAUAAACGAUGGCAAAUUUAUCACAUUUUGGUGGCUGUGAAAAGGAAAAAGAUUAGUGAUAAUACAAUACAGUGUACCCUGGACGCGUAUUUUCAAACCUACGAUUUUGUUUGCAAUUUUUUAAAAUUAAUUUUUUGAUGUUUGUUUUUGUUUUUUGCUUAGUAUUGCCAUAAUAUGUAUUAUGUAGUUGUAUUUUAAUUAUUAUUGUGAAUACCGAUAAAUUUUGAAUAAUUUAUUCGUGUAAUUUACGUGUCUUCUAUAGUAGAAUUAACUAGUCAAUGGAAAGUAUAACGUAGUAGGUUCAAUUAUUUCAACAUUAGUUAGCUCGAAAUUACCAUACACAUUUAUUUCACUGUAAAUUUGGGUGGUAAUUUGCUUGUAGCGGUUUUUUUUUCUACGAGGAAAUCAUUAAAUUUAAUUUUUGGUUUGAAAAUACACGUUGAAUUUGUGUCCAUUGACAUAUUGCUUGCGUUACUUUCAGCUUUAUUUAUUUUUUAUUUUUAAAUAAAAAUUCAAAACAAAGCUAACUUAUACCACGUGAUUUCAAUGUAAAAGUGAUUUUUUUAUGUCUAUAAUAUUAAUUUAUUGUACAUUUUAAUUUAUUUAUGUAUUACCAUAUUUUACCUAUGUGUGUUGAAUGUUAUUUAUUUUGGCAUUAUUAUUAUUAAUAUUGUUGUUGUUUUCUUCACAUUAUUAUUAUCCGCGUUUUUUUCUCUUCUUCUCUUCGCGUACUUGAGUUUUACUUACCUUAUUGUAUAAUUUUUCAUGGAGUAUGGAGUAUGUCUACACAUUUUCAGCUUGUAUGAUUAAUUCAUUUAGGUAUUUUUAAUCUUAUCUUAUGUUAUUAAUUUUUUUUUCUUUGUUAUGUCGAAUAUACCUACUUUUAUUUGGA